AUGCUGGGAUAUGUAGUCAUAAAUGAUGUUUUUCGCACAAUAUUUUACAACAGCACCCCUGGUGGUGUUAAAAGCUAUUUAAAUUAAUCUGUAAUCUGAUUGGUCCUCAAAGAGGGGGGUACUAAACUGAGAAAACCACCUCUUAAAAACUUCUAUUGGUAAUGAGAAUACGCUGAAAUACUAACAUAUCUCGGGGAAAGCAUAGCCUAACAUUGGGUCUGUAUUUAUGAAACACAGUGGAUAUUUAACGUUCAGUAUUAAACGGAUCUUUAUGAAAUGGAAAGCAGUCUGCCAAAAUUUCAGCAGCUCAGGAGAUCAGAAGCAUAUUCAAACAGAACUCUUAUUGGUACCGUCGUUUUCAUGGGAUUACUUCAAGUGGUAUCAAGUGUUGCUGUAGUACUUCACUUGACAGGUCAUCUUCAACAGGUCACCCAGACCGGACCAGCCCUAGUUGAGAUUUCGGACGACCUCCAGAGAGGGGAGUCACAGAGGUGCCCAAAAAAACCCAGGGAGGUCAUACCAUCAGCCCACCUGCCCAUUCAGCCUCCCAGUGGGCACAUCCAGAGAGAUAUCCAGAACACCAUGAUCCACUGGGACCACGCCCAUGGACACCUGUCCAAGAUCGGGUACCAUGACGGCAGGAUCCUAGUCCGCGAGGGAGGCCUGUACUACAUCUAUGUCAAAACCUGCUUCAGGUACUACGACCAGGUAGAGGAGUCACUGUUGGAGUCUCAUGCUCCAGGGAGAAAAGGUGCUUCAGCAGAGCCUAGCAUUCACAGAGAAGAUGGGGCCGGGGCUGGUGCCCUUCUUAUACAAUACGUGUUCCACGAGCGUCACAGUCACAGUGCCCCCCUCAGGCCAGCUGUGCUGAUGAAAAGCGGCAGCACCAAGCACUGGCAGAGGGGCCACUACCACAUGUGUUGUCAGCAGCAGGGAGGGGCUUUCCCCCUGGGGCCCGGGGACAGUAUCUACGUCAGCGUGUCCAAUUCCUGGCUGCUGGACCCGGAAGCUGAGGGAAGCUACUUCGGGGCCUUCAGAAUCAGCAGAUGAUGAAUGAGGAAGCAGACCCAGGGCAAUUAAUUGAUGAAUUAGUAACUGAUAUCUCUUUAAUCACAUUAAUCAUAUCUGUUAGGUAGCUGGACUGUCUGCAUAUGGAAUAGAUUUUGUAAAAUUUUUGUAUUUUUAUACUUCAAAAACAAACUGAAUUUGGCUCACUUUGAACUUAGUUUUAUGAAGUUUUCAAUAUUUAUGUAUUUUCUGAUGUCUCUCGUAUUCAAUUCUGUGUUCAGUUUUUUGUGUGUUUAUAGAACAUUACAAUAAAGCCAUAUACAAUUGUAAAAAUACAGGAGA